AUGGAGAUCUUCCAUGGAACGAAAUACCAUAUUGAGAACGAUGGCGAGAACUACGUCCUAACUAUCCACAAUGUGAAACUCGAAGAUGGUGGCAAAUACACCUGCCAGCUCAAUAAUUCAACUACGUCUGGAUGGUUGUACGUUGAAGCCAAAGAACCAGAGUAUUAUUUCACUAAGAAACUACCACAGCAUCAUGAAGUCGUGAGGAAGAAGGACACACAACUUGAAUGCUUUGUAUCUGACCCAAGAGCAAAGGUCAAAUGGUUUAAAAUGGGAGAACCUAUUGAUUUCAUUCCUGGCAAAUAUGAAAUGCAAAGGCGUGAGAACAGGUGCAUACUUAAAAUCAAGAAUGCAGGUGCCGGGGAUGAGGCGGAAUAUUCCUGUGUGUGUGGCAAUGCAUCAACUCACUGUGAUCUUUAUGUAGAAGAACCUGAAUGGGACUUUUUCAAAAAGCUUGAAGAUGUUGAAGCUACUGAGAGAGAAAAAGCUGUCAUGCAGUGUGAAGUUAAUGACAAAGAGGCAGAAGUUACAUGGAUGAAAGGAAAGGAGGUAAUCAAACCCGAAGAAAAUCCUGAGAAAUAUACAAUUGAGAAGGAUGCUAUGAAAAGGCGUUUAAUCAUCAAUAAUGUCACCUUGAAGGAUGAAGGAUUGUAUACUUGCAAAGUGCUUGAUAAAGAGACCACUGCUGAUCUCUUUGUUGAACCUGAUAUCAAAUUCUCCAAGAAAUUACAAGAUACAAAUGUGAGAGAAGAUGAUGAUAUUGUUCUUGAAUGUGUAGCUACAAAUCCUCACAAUACUCCUGUCCAGUGGACUCGUGAUGGCAAACCAAUUGAACCAUCGGAAAGAGUUAUUCAAUCUGCUGAUGGUGACAAAUACAAAUUAGUUCUAAAGAAGGCAGACAUGAAAGACUCCGGAAUGUAUGCCUGCAAGUUUGGUGAAAGGGCAACCCGCGCUGAGGUCAAAGUUGUUGAAAAGCCAAAGCCACCAAAAUUGAACACCAAAAGUCUUCCAAAAGAGAUUAUUAUCAAGAAGGGAGAGAAAAUUGAUCUGGAGAUUCCAUAUUCUGCUGUUCCAACACCUAAAGCAAUGUGGACAAAAGAUGGAGUCGCUCUUAAAGAGGAAGACAUGGAUAUGGAAACAACAGACAGAACCACACGUCUGGUAAUUCCUGAUGCACAAAGAACAGACUCUGGCAAAUAUGAACUGACUAUGGCCAAUGAAGUUGGCAGUGACAAAGUGCCAAUUAUUGUGAAAGUUAUUGAUAAACCAACUCCACCUGGUGCACCUCUUGAGGUAUAUGACAUCUUCAAGGACAAAUGCAUGCUUUCAUGGAACAAGCCUAAAGAUGAUGGUGGUUGUCCUAUCAAACAUUAUGUUGUGGAGAAGAUGGACACAAGUCGUGGGGAAUGGGUUGAAGUUGAAAAAUGCUCAAAUCUUAAGUGCAAAGUUCCUGGACUUCAGGCAAAUAAGCGCUACCAAUUUAGAGUAAAAGCAGUCAAUUCCGAAGGUGCCAGUUUACCAUUAACAUCAGAUGGUGAAAUUGUGGCCAAAGAUCCUUGGAAACCAGCAGAUAAACCUGGCCAACCAGAAGUUGUGGACUACGACAAGGACCAUGUCCAGCUUAAAUGGAAGGCACCUAAAAGGGAUGGUGGUGCCCCUAUUGAAGGGUACAUUAUUGAAAAGAAGGACAAUAGAACAGGAGAAUGGGAACCGGUAAUGGAGGUGCCAAGCAAACAGAGAGAAGCAACUGUUAAAGGACUGAAAGAAAACCAAGAACAAGAAUUCCGUAUUAUUGCCAAAAAUAAAGCUGGCAAUUCAAUGCCAAGUGCUUGUUCUUCACCAGUUAUUACUAAAGCUCGCCGUGUAAAACCAAGAAUUGAUCCAGGCAGUCUAACAGACAUUAAGAUCAAGAAAGAUCAGUCGUUUCUUUUGGAACCAACAUUCAUCGGUGAACCUCCACCAACUGUCACAUGGAGCAAAAAAGGACUGGAUGGCAAGAUUUUACCAAUUCAGUCAACUCCCAAUAUUCCUAUUGAAAAUGAACCGAAAAAAUCUCAGCUUUCUUGUAAGAGUGCUGUUCGGGCGGACACUGGAGAGUACUAUAUUUCAGUUGAAAAUGAACAUGGUUCAGACACAGCUUCCAUGACUGUUGUCGUACUGAGUAGCCCAAGCCGCCCAGAAGGACCUUUGGAAGUUUCGAAUAUUACCAAGGAAGGUGCUUUGCUUACAUGGAAACCUCCUGCUGACAAAGGAGGAAGUGAUAUCACCGGCUAUGUUGUGGAAAAAUUUGAUCCAACGAAAGGAACAUGGGAGAAGGUUAGCAGUUCUGUUACUGGCACAAAACUAGCAGUCAAAAAUCUGCAAGAAGGUCAUGAGUACAAGUUCCGAGUUAAGGCCGAGAAUCUCCAUGGCCUUAGUGAACCACUUGAAACUGACAAGAGCAUUGUGGCUAAGAAUCCAUACAGUAAGUAUCAAGACAUUUAUGUCCUAAUCUAUUUAACUUUGGGGAAAAAGGAUUUUGAUUAUUCUAUUUCUAAUACUGAAAAUAUCAGACUGGAUAAGUAA